AUGAUACGUGUUCUAGGUGGUACGCCCAUGGAUAUGGUGUCAAAUGCGAUAGUAAGUGAAGAAAUCGCUUACGGUUGUUCCGCAAUUGGGACUGUAAUUUUGGGGAAUAACCUCGCGGAAGCUCCUCUUAUCCUAUGUGGCAGUGAUGAUCUAAAGAGCAAGUUUCUCCCAAGAAUGGUUGAGGAGCCUUUUGUUGCAUCGUAUGCGGUGACAGAGUCUAUUGCGGGAUCAGACGUUGCAGGAAUAAGUACAAGAUGUGAAAAGAAAGGAGAUGAGUACAUAAUAAAUGGUUCGAAAAUGUGGAUCACAAAUGCAGGACAUGCUAACUGGUUUUUCAUUCUUGCUCGUUCUGACCCUGAUGUACGAACCUCGUCGGGGAGGGCAUUCACUGCAUUUGCUGUGGAAGGGAGCACAGCUGGAAUAACUCGUGGGAAAAAGGAGAUCAAUCUUGGACAGCGAUGUUCUGAUACCCGUGGGCUGAUAUUCGAGGAUGUGCGUGUUCCUGCUUCUAACGUCGUUGGCGCUCCAGGGGAAGGAUUUAAAGUAGCGAUGAUGACCUUCGACAAAACGCGUCCUCUUGUGGCAGCACUUGCAACUGGACUCUCUGCACGAUGUUUAGAUGAGGCUGCGCAGUACUCUUUAGAGAGAAAAACUUUUGGGACGCGAAUUGCAAACCAUCAGGCUGUCCAAUUCAUUCUCGCUGACAUGGCUGUGAAUGUGGAGCUGGCACGAAUCAUGACAUAUAAGAGCGCAUUCGAGGUGGAUCAAAAACGCCCUGGGUCUCUCUACGCUUCAAUCGCAAAACUGUUUGCGGGCGACUCAGCCAACCUCGCGGCAACGAACGCCGUACAGGUGUUUGGUGGAGCAGGGUUCAACACAGAAUAUCCAGUUGAGAAAUUGUUGAGAGAUGCGAAAAUCUUUCAGAUUUACGAAGGAACAAGCCAGACCUGGUACCAAUUUGUCGACGUCGGAGAGAUGGAAGGCCUCGUUGAACCUCAGACGAGGUGA